AUGCCACUUGGGCAAAUUUUCAUGAUCAAUCCGAAAAUAAUACAUAUUCAGCGAACAACUGAGCAUCGUCGUCGCUCGAUUAUUCGAGCAUUUGCUUUGAAUACUUCUGCACAUGGUAUUCCGGGUAUUGCUCGUAGUCAGAGUAAACAUAAUACCAUCUUUUGGUCAAUGUGUUUUACAGCAUUCGCAGUCACUACACUUUACUUUGUUGUUGAAGAAAUUCGCCACUAUUUUGACUACUCCACUCAAACUACAGUCACAGUAAUGAGCGAAUGGCCACAGUAUUUUCCAGCGUUUACCAUUUGUAAUCUUGUUCCUGUUCGUUAUGAUCGAUUUAUUCAACCGUACAUUGCUUUCCUUACUUCAUUGAACAAAACUAAUGUGAGUGAGUCAACGACAAUUUCGUCGACUGAAGCAAGAUAUAUAGCCGACUUUUUCCAAACGAAAAUUAAUCGAAAUGAAUCACUCGAUGAAUUCUUCUUUCCGCUCGAGACGAUGCUGAUGAAAUGUGUUUUCAACGGACGGGUUUGUUCAGCUGUAAAUUUCACUUCGUUUUCUUCGUCAACCUAUGGUCAAUGUUACACAUUCAAUGCCAAACUAAAAAAUCAGACAAAUAUUCGAUUCAGCGAUGAGAAUGGUGGACCAGGUAAUCUAUAUUUACGUUUCUACGUUCACAGUCACCAAUAUGUUCCAUACAUUCGCGAAGGUAUCGGCAUGAUCGGUGUGGUGCACGAUAACGUCCAAUUACCUAUGAUCGACUAUUCCGGUAUGGCAUUGUCUACUGGCUAUAAGCAUCGAAUGACGUAUUCGAAAAAGACUAUCUCAUAUUUGCGAUCUCCGUAUACAACAUGUAAUGAUAAAAUACCAUUAAUGAUGCAAGCCAUGUUUGACAAUUAUGAAGGUGUCGAAUAUGAAUAUUCAGAAGAUGUUUGCUAUGAUUUAUGUGUCGAAGUCUAUAUUUAUCAAAAAUGUGGAUGUAUUCAUCCGAAACAAUGGAAUGCGCGAUUAGUAUUAAUACCUGAAACGAAUAAAUUAAUCAUCGCUCCUCUAUGUAAUAUAUCUGAUAAAUGUUACUCGGAAGCUGCUCAUGUUUUUUUAACAUCUUCAUCGUCAUAUGACAAAUACUGUUCGUACUGUUCACAACAAUGUUCGGUAACGAGUUUUAUUGUCAAACAAUCGAUGUGGAAAGCUCCGCCAAUAUGGUUAAUGAAUGAUAUAAAACAAUUCGUUGAAAAAUCUGAUAUACCAUUGCCGAAGGAUUGGACAACACAAUGGCAAUCGCAUAUUGACAAUAGUUAUCUAUCGAUUGAGUUAAUUCAUGAAUCAAGCGUCGUAGAAAACUAUACACAGACAGCAACGGUGACUGCUGUGAAUGUAUUAUCAAAUGUCGGAGGGCAAACAGGUCUUUGGAUUGGUGUUAGUUUUCUGUCUUUGAUGGAAGUGGCAGAAAUGGUAUAUCGAUUGAUUCGAUAUCAAUGCCAUGUGGGAUUAAGAACUCGAAACAAAGUGAUUGAUAAUUGUAGAUUUUAG